GCUGAGAGCGCUAAAGAAGCAGGGAGGGGAAAAGAGGCUUUCAAAAGAAAGCUAGGCAGCCAACAAAAGCCUCACAACAGGAUUAUAAAUCUAUAGAUUACUAAAGGUCCAGGCUGAUUGAAAGGAGCAACUCCUGGAGCUGUUUGAGAUUGAGCUGAAACAUUUCCAAAGAAAGGCGUUUGGCUAAGGAGCCAUGGAGCUGGGAGAGGAGAGCCCUCAGCAUGUAAGGCAAGUGCUGCUUUUCUUUGUUUUCCUGGGAGGGUCUUUGGUGUGUUCAGAGACCAGGCGCUAUUCUGUGGCAGAGGAAACGGAGACCGGAUCCUUUAUAGCCAACGUGGUGAAAGACAUAGGUUCAGGUGUGGAAGACCUGGCUGCGCGGGGGGCUAGGGUCAUCUUUGACGAUUAUAAAUCAUACUUGUGGUUGGAUCCGCAGACUGGCAACUUGCUUUUAAAUGAGGAAUUGGACCGGGAGGCACUUUGCGAUCUCACGGAGCCAUGUAUGUUGCAUUUCCAGGUGUUACUGGAAAAUCCUUUGCAAUUUUUUCAGGCUGAGCUUUGGGUUAAAGACAUAAAUGAUCACACUCCCACAUUCCUAGAUAAAGACAUACUUCUGAAAAUCUCAGAAGUUACUGCUCCAGGAACCGCAUUCCAAAUGGAGAGUGCUCAGGAUUUGGAUGUAGGAAAGAAUGGCGUCCAAAACUACACAUUAAGUCCCAAUCCUCAUUUCCACCUCAAAGUACAAGACAGUGAUGAGGGCAGAAAAUACCCGGAGCUGGUACUGGACCAAUCUCUGGAUCGAGAAAAGGAGCCUGAGAUUAGAUUAACUCUAACAGCCUUGGAUGGUGGGUCUCCGCCCAGGUCUGGAACUGCAGUGGUUCGUGUUUUGGUUUUAGAUAUCAAUGACAAUGCACCGGAGUUUGAGAGGCCUGUCUAUGAGGUUCAGGUACCAGAAAACAGCCCUCUGGACUCCUUAAUCAUCAAGGUGUCUGCUACAGAUUUAGACGCAGGAAUAAAUGGAGAACUAACUUACUCAUUUUCCCACGUCUCCAAAGACACACGGAAAACAUUUGAAAUCCAUCCAAUUUCUGGCGAAGUCCACUUAAAAGCGCUUCUGGAUUUUGAGUUAGUUCAGUCUUACACAAUAAAUAUUCAGGCCACUGACGGUGGGAGUCUCUCAGGAAAAUCAGCAAUUUUGGUUCGGGUUGUAGAUGUGAAUGACAACCCUCCGGAAAUAGUCAUGACAUCUCUUACCAGCCCCAUACCAGAAAAUGCCUCGCCUGAAAUGGUGGUCGCUGUUUUCAGCUUACGGGACCAAGACUCUGGAGAUAACGGGAAGAUGGUUUGCUCAAUUCAGGACAAUCUCCCCUUUCUCUUGAAGCCUACAUUUAAGAACUUCUACACGCUGGUAACAGAACGGCCAUUGGACCGAGAGACCAGUACCGAGUACAACAUCACCAUCACGGUCACCGACUUGGGGACCCCCAGGCUGAAAACCCAGCACAACAUCACCCUGCUGGUCUCCGACGUCAACGACAACGCCCCCGCCUUCACCCAAACCUCCUACACCCUGUUCCUCCGCGAGAACAACAGCCCCGCCCUGCACAUCGGCAGCGUCAGCGCCACAGACAGAGACGCGGGCGCCAACGCCCAGCUCACCUACUCGCUGCUGCCGCCCCACGACCCGCAGCUGCCCCUGGCCUCGCUGGUGUCCAUCAACGCGGACAACGGCCACCUGUUCGCCCUGAGGGCGCUGGACUUCGAGGCGCUGCGGGCGUUCGAGUUCCGCGUGGGCGCCACGGACCGCGGGUCCCCCGCGCUGAGCAGCCAGGCGCUGGUGCGCGUGCAGGUGCUGGACGCCAACGACAACGCGCCCUUCGUGCUGUACCCGCUGCAGAACGGCUCCGCGCCCUGCACCGAGCUGGUGCCCAGGGCGGCCGAGCCGGGCUACCUGGUGAGCAAGGUGGUGGCGGUGGACGCAGACUCGGGCCAGAACGCCUGGCUGUCGUUCCAGCUGCUCAAGGCCACGGAGCCCGGGCUGUUCGGCGUGUGGGCGCACAAUGGCGAGGUGCGCACGGCGCGGCUGCUGAGCGAGCGCGACGCGGCCAAGCACAGGUUGGUGGUGCUGGUCAAGGACAAUGGCGAGCCCGCGCAGUCUGCCAGCGUCACGCUGCACGUGCUGCUGGUGGAUGGCUUCUCGCAGCCCUACCUGCCGCUGCCGGAAGCGGCGGCCGACCAGGCGCAGGCCGACCCGCUGACCGUGUACCUGGUCAUCGCGUUGGCGUCGGUGUCGUCGCUGUUCCUGUUCUCGGUGCUGGCGUUCAUCGCGGUGCGGCUGUGCAGGCGGAGCAGGGCGGCCUGGGUGGGUGGCUGUUCGGUGCCUGAGGGCCACCUUCCGGGCCACCUGGUGGACGUCAGCGGCACCGGGACCCUGUCCCAGAGCUACCAGUAUGAGGUGUGUCUCACGGGAGGCUCUGGGACCAGUGAAUUCAAGUUCCUUAAACCAGUUAUCCCCAGCCUCCCGCCCCAAAAUCCUGAAAAGGAGGAAAGCCACACCUUUCUCAAUGGCUUUGGGUUCAAUUAGGAAUUCCAUUAUUAUGCAAAACUUGUAGAAAGAGUGCUAUUUCUUUGUAAAAUUUAUUCAUUGUAAUGUAAAAUUAUUUCUUUUGAGUAACCUCAGUAAGAGCUCAGAAAUUUCAAUGUCUACUUUCUGCUCUUCUUUAUAUUAACUGGAAAAAAACUGAGGGAGCUAGAAUUUGUUUAGUCUUUCUUCCAAAAUGCAACCUCAAAUAAUUUAUUUACACGAUGGAGCAAAAGUAGGUUUACAGUUAUUCAUAUGGAAAAUAAUACAAGAACAAACUGU